AUGUCAGGAUUCGAGGCUGCCGGUCUUGCCCUUGCGAUCUUACCGCUGUUAAUCAACCAGCUGGACGGUUACGUUCAAGGCAUAGAGACACUCGGUGACUUUCGAACAAAGCGGUACCGAGGAAAAUUAGACUACUAUGCCACAAAUCUUGGAUCUCAGCAGACAAUUUUCAUCAAUACCUUGGAACGAUCUCUGGAGAGUGUGAUUGAAUAUGAAGAUGGUGUUGACAGUUUGGGAGACGACGAGUUGAAGGCUCUUUGGGAAAAACCAAGCGUGCAAUCUCUUCUGCAAAGAAAACUCGGAAGAAGCUAUAUGCCAUUCCUAAGGAAUAUGAACCAGCUUUCAUUCCUUCUGAAAGAUCUGUCUCGAAGGCUGGGUUGGGACAAGAAACCAGUGGCGAAGGCAUGGGAGGAUUCAAGCACCUUUAACCGGGAAGUCAGGAAGUUUAAAGACAUAUUCUCCAAAAACAUCUACGAGAGAAUCUUCAAGGAAAUAAACACCGCCAAUGAACAACUCGCUAAGCUGAUUGAACAAUCUGAGUAUCGGUGUGCGGUUAAAAAGCAACGAAUAUCAAAGCGACCCCUGCAGCGACUCAGACAAAAUCGAAAACAUGCAAAGAGCCUACACAAUGCUAUCAUCAAGGGCAAUUAUUGGGCAUGCUCUUGCCGUGAUCAGCACACGAUCUAUUUCAUCCUUGACAAAUCUUCCUCUGAGACCAAUACCAGUAGCAAAAGCUCACUCACUCCUCGGUUUAGAAUGGUUGUUGGCUCCCCUCAGGCUGCCAAAUAUGCGGGGAUCUUGGCCAACGCACACGAAAUAGAGGCCGAGUCCGAUGACUUCCCUUCAGAACCGAAGGUACCUGAAGACAAGCAGGCUACUGUUCAGCAAGUUACAGUCUAUCCUGGAGACAGAAGUAAAAAUGCAAAGGGUUCAUUCGCCCUAAAAGACGAUUGCGCGUCUGUCUUUUCUGAAAGAUCACUCCCCCUGUCUUUAAUUUCAGACAUGUGCCUAACGUUAUCCAAAAUUGUGACCAAAGAAACCGAACUUACCAAAAAGGAAUUUUUGGGCUGCGUCGCUGAUGGUUGUCAAUGGCACUAUAUGUACCAUCUGCGGAAAAUUGCUGAAUGCGGCACGGCUCAAUCGCUGACAGAACUUCUCCAAUCAUCUUCAACUGUUCUCCAAGCUCAGAUGAAUGGUUCCAUUUUUUUCAGCCAGAAAGACCGUCUCAGCCUGGCCGUCAAUCUCGCAUACAGCGUUUUGGAGCUACACGGAAACUGGCUGAAACCCACCUGGCGGGCCCGCGAUAUAAUUUUCAUGCGAAACCUGACGAGCAGCAUAGGUCACCCAACAUUAGUUCUGAGUAUUUCUAGCGCAAAGAAAACGUCAAAAAUGUGUCACGAAGCAGCCACUUCAGGACUGAUUAGAAACAAAGUUCUCUUUCCUCUCGGACUAGUUCUCAUUGAGCUCUCCCUUUGCCAAUCUCUCGAGUCACUCUGUAUAGCAGAGGACUACGACGACAAUGAGGCGGAUGCAAAUCUUAAGACAGCUUCUCGUCUGCUACAGUAUGUUUACUCGCAGAGCGGUCCUAUAUAUUGUGAUGUCGUGGAACAAUGCUUGUUUUGGCACUGGAAGACCGGCUAUACGCUCGAAGAUGAGAGAAUUCAGGAUGACGUAUAUCAAAAGAUUGUAUUUCCAUUGGUCGAGAACCUAAGCAAUUUUGUGGGUAUCUCUCAAAGGCCUUGA